GUGUCGAGGUACCUCCAGCAGCCUUUUCGCCCGAUCUACCAAUCUACAUACCUACAUAUUUCUUCCUUCUUCCUCCACCCUAAAUACUCUCCCUCCCUGCCACGACCCGACCGCGAGUGACCGACCGGUUAACCACAGAUUCCUUCCGGCCUGCCCUUGCAUACCGACAAUAUCCUAUUUGCCGACUGUGCACAUCUACUCUCCGACGAGCACCACACCGCCACCGCGACACCCCGACCGACCGUCACCCAAUAAUAGCUUCGCCUAUGGCGGAACCAGCGCGGCAACGCGUACACGCGUCGGAUGAUUCCUGCUCGGAGCACUCCCCCGCAAGGAGGCGCGGCGACGGGCAGCAUCCUCGCCAGCGCCGCAAACGCCGCCGCUCCUCGGACGACGAAGACGACGUCCCGGACGACACGCACGCCCGGCGUAGCAGACGGAGGCGGAACAGCGCGACCGACCGCGGCGACAGGUACGGAGCGAGGGAGAGGAGGAGGAGGUGUCGCGACGAUGACGACAGCGACCGGUCGAGACGCAGAUCGCCGUCGCCCGCCCGUCGCGAGGGUCGGCGCGGAAGUCGCUACGACGACGGGGAUCGGCCGUAUACGAGCUCGCGCGACUACGCCUCGCGGUCCAAGGGCACCUCCUCGCAGCGGGGCCUGCGCCGCGCCGAUUCCGAGUCGGAGUCGGGCUCGAGCUCCGAGAGCCCCGAUCGCCGACCUAGACAUGGCGUCCGGGCUCGUUCGCGCUCGGGCUCGCGCUCCUACUCCCGCUCCCGCUCCCGCUCGCGGGAUCGCAAGCCGUCCCACAGCCAUCAUGAUCGCCGCCAGCACCAGCACCGGCAGGAGCGGGCUAGGCGCCACCGCCCGCCGGAGCCGGUAAUCGCGGUGGCAGCAGCAGUAACGGCGGCAGGGGGGAGCGCGGCGGUGGAGCUCCCGUUCGGGGCGCGGCGCCUCGCGCGCGCGGACCUCGCCGCGUUCCGGCCCCUGCUCGCGCGCUACCUCGACGUGCAGAAGGGACGCGACAUGGGCGCGCUCGGGGAGCGCGAGGUCCGCGGGCGCUGGCGCCGCUUCGUGCGCCGGUGGAACAGCGGCGGGCUCGCCGAGGGGUGGUACCGUCCCGAGAUGCUGGCGGAGGCGCGGGCGGAGGCGGAGGCGGAGGCGAAAGCGGGACGGGGACGCGAGGAAGAGCGGCACGGAGAAGAAGGGCAGGAGAGGGAGAGGGGAGAGGUAGCGAGGACGGAGACGGCGCUUGGUGGUAGCGGUUCCACUGCUAGGGCGACGAGGAAAGGAGAGGAAGUGUCCGACGGCGAGGGACGGAACGAGCGGGAGGGGGAAGAUGGCGACGAAGACGACGACGAAUUCGGCCCGACCCUGCCGCCGCCGCCGGACGCUUUGAACCCGAACAGGAGAUCCCGGCACGACCGCCACGGCGCCGGGGCGCCGCGCCUCGACGACCUCGCGGCGCGGCGCGAAGCUGCCUCGGAAGAGCGCCUCGCGCAGGCGGCGGACCUGCGGCUCGCGCGGCGGGCGGACCGGGCGGAGCAGCGGGAGCGGCUGGCGGAGCUGGCGCCGCGGGCGGACGCGGGGACGCGGGAGCGGCGGCUGGAGAAGCGGCGCGAGGCGGCGGAGCGGCAGCGCGGGUUCGGCGAGCGGCGGUCGCCGGGCGCGGCGGAGGUGGCGGACGCGGAGCUGCUCGGCGAGGACGGCGAGGGCGGCGAGGGUGGCGGCGGCGGCGGCGUCGCCGAGUACAAGGCGUCGCGCCAGCAGGCGGCCCGCCGCAAGUCGGAGCGCGAGACCCGCCGCGAGGAGGAGGCCCGCGCCCGCGCCGAGGAGCGCGAGGAGCGCGUCCGCGCGUACCGCGCCCGCGAGGAGGGCACCAUGGAGGUCCUCCGCGAGAUCGCGCGCCAGCGGUUCGGCGGGGUGCCGUGAUUUUUUUUUGGAAAUAUUUUUUUAAAGGGGGAAGAGGAGAUGGGGAGACGAGAUGGGGAGACGAUCUAGGAAGAGAGGCGCAGAUGGGUAUGCACACUUGUCUAUCACAGAUCGUAACAUACUCCAUAGCCAACUCCUACCCACGCGGCUAGACCAUACGCGCGAAUGCACAUCGAACGAGCUGCCUAUUACGUCCCGGACAUCGGGCCCGCUGAGGAAGCGGUGCAGUGGGCGCGAUGUUCAUGCCUGUUACUUUUCAGUUCAACGUACGGGGU